AUGGCGGCUAUUUCGCAGGGACAUCAGGUGCACCCCGAUGGGCGAACGUGGAAGACACAGUUUCCGAAAGGGGAUCUGUGGGUAUUUGGUUAUGGUACCGACCAUCGGGGUACGCCCGAGCAGCCGGGGCGCGUCGUUACCGUAAUCGAGCGGGAGUUUUGGGAAACGUUGGAUGAUCCGCUGGCAGGCCUGGAAACAGAAUCUGCGUCGACGGGCAAAGUCUGGGGUGCGGCGUAUCACAUCCCAGCCUCGCACGCCGAGGAAGUCCACGAUUACCUCGACGAGCGAGAGAUCGACGGCUACAGUGUACACUUUACGCCCUUUCACCCUACAUCAGGGCCGUCGGCAGACCCGCAGGAGAAUGCCGAUCAUGCCACGCCGAUUACUACUAUGGUGUAUAUCGGACGGCCGACGAACCCGCAGUUCUUGCGCGAGUCUGAACGGCGUGAGCCGCAGGAUGUUGCACAGGUAAUCAGCGCGGGACAUGGACUGAGUGGCAAGAAUACUGAGUAUCUGUACUUGUUGGAGAAGGCGUUGGAGGGCCUUGGACUCGGGACUGCGGAUGUGCAUGUUACUGAUCUGGUGAAGAGGGUCAAGGCUAUUGAAGAAGCUGGUUUGGCGGAUCGGGAGGAGCAAGAGGCGGAGCAGGAGCUGAAGGAGUAUUUAGCGCGGUCGCCAGCCGAGCAUGUGCAUGGGGAUAAGAUUGAAUGA